AUGGUUAUUAAGGUGUUAGAGAAUGUCUUAAUCAAGGAACAUAUGUACACAAUAGUCAGUAUGGAAAACAGUGGUGUACACGCGAUGCUGGGCAACGACGAAUUUGAACAACUUGCAUCGCUUUAUGGGCUUCUUCAACGUGUGGAGAACGGUCUAUCGGUGAUGGCUGAUGCAAUGAGCGGAUAUCUCCGGCAAACUGGUACUGCGACAGUUAGAGAAGACUGCGAGAGGACUCCUGUGGUGUUUAUUGAGGAUCUAUUGGAACUGAAGGAGAGAUUUGACGAAUUCUUGCUGAUGUCUUUCCAACGUGACAAGAUGUUCAAGAAUAGAAUCCAGACCGAAUUUGAAACAUUUAUCAACCUGAACAAAAACAGUCCAGAGUAUUUAUCACUGUAUAUGGAUGAGAAACUUCGCAAAGGAUUGAAAUCGGAGAACGACGAAAAUGCCGAGAAAUUACUGGACAAAGCCAUGGUGCUGUUUCGUUUCUUGCAGGAAAAGGACGUUUUUGAGAAGUACUACAAGCAACAUAUGGCAAGGCGUCUUCUACUCGAUAAAAGUAUAUCUGACGACAUGGAGAGGAUGAUGAUCAGCAAGCUCAAGGCGGAGUGUGGAUGUCACUUUACGCUCAAAUUAGAGAAUAUGUUCCGUGAUAAGGAAUUGUGGACCACGCAGUUGAACGCUUUCAAGGAGUUCCGAGAAUCGGUAUCGUUUCUUUUUCUGUAUUCGUUAUUUGGAUCACCUUUUAUAUAG